AUGGCUAUGGGAACCAACGAACAGCAUGUUAUACAUCCCUUCUUUCGACAAGAAUUUGGAGUGGCAGUGAAAUCUACGCCCUCUAAUGAUCCAAUCUUGGUGGAUACCGAACCAAACGAGCCUCACGAGAGACCUGCAUAUGAACAGGAGUUCCACGCCUCAGAAAAUCACGGAACCUACGGCCCCGAAUCAAGCAAUGCGAGCUCUGUGGACCUUGUGGAAGACCCAAACGGGGACCGGAGAAAGAGGCGAAGGACGGACGACCCCCAAACAACGGAGCCCCUCGGUACUUCCAAGAGAGGGCUCUCAGAAUGGCUUGGCAUAGCACCAUCUGCACCUUCAUCUGUUGAUGGCUCGUUUGAGACCGACGUCAAUCUGCCUACGCAUCCACCUCAGGCUCCGCCGGCGGAAAUCCAACAUCCUACAAAUAGCGCCCAGCCAUCGACAGAGGAUGAGAAACCGGAGGGCAAAACUGGCGGGAGUUCAGUGAAGCAAAAGACCUUGAAAUUGAAUUCGAAGGGAGGUUUCCUUUCCGCAACUGGCAGCAGUCCCCCUCCAGAGACAAACCGAAAAGCGACGGGGAAGCGGCGGAGGCAUAAAAAAGGGGAGCGCAAAUUGGUUACAAUGAAAUAUAACCUUGGCACGGAGCGAAACCUUGGGAAGUUGAUUGACGACAUCCUGAGUGGGCAAGCAGUCCAUAAGCCCCCAGCUCCCAUAACAUCGGCCCAGCCGCGCAAGACAAAGCCACAACCCCAGAAGCCGACCCACCCAUUCUUCAACAAAGGUUCGACACAAACGUCCGGGGCUACAUCGAAAAAUGGUCAAUUGGAAACGUCAGACCCUGGAGCCAGCGUAGUUCCGACCCAAGCCACUUCGGCUGCUCCAGACAGGAAGCGGGUAGUAGCAGCUUGGGGGAGCUCUUUUACUGGACUCCCCCGUCGUACGUCGAAGUUUCCCGAACUGCUUCAUCCACUUUGGCCGCCACAAGAUCUAAUGCACGUGAGAGACAUUCAAGCGGCCGCAGGUAUCAAUGAUCGUGCCUGGCAUGCUACUCAAGACCAAAAGAAAUCAAAGGUUGCAGCCGUUUCUAUCCAUGAUGAUGAAAACGUCCUUCUGGCCGGAACAGCCGAGGCAAGGCGGAUCGCCUGCCUACCCAAGGAGGACCCGAACAGUCCAGCUAUCCUCCGACACCCCGUGCGAAAUGUUGCCAGCAGCCAAGUACUGCACACGGCAAUGGAAAGGCAGAUGUCCUGGUCCUCACCAAACGGACGACUUUCUUGGGACUCUUCCUCUCCGCCUCUCGCUAGACUUCAGUCGGCCCUACUCACUGCAGUGUCGGCUUUUGAUUCUGCAACUUACGAACAGCAGCUUUGGACACACAAGUACGCCCCCCAAGCCGCUGAAGAUGUUCUCCAGCUUGGCCGUGAACCCCAAGUGCUUCGAAAUUGGCUACGAAAUCUCAAGAUCACCGCGGUGGACACCGGCAAAGGCUCGAAAGAAUCUACACAAUCGAAAUUGAAGCGCGAGAAAAGGGCGAAGAAGCGAAAGGUAAACAAACUUGAUGAUUUUGUUGUUUCAAGCGACGAUGAGCUAUCUGAGAUGGAUGCUCUGUCGGGUUCCGAUGAUGAAUUAGCGGGGGGCGUGACUACGACACCGCGUAGGACUGUCGUCAGAUCGGGUGAUAUGGCAUCUGCUUCACAUGGAGCAGAAAGGAUUCCAAUGGCCAAUGCAAUCCUACUCAGUGGUCCGGCUGGCUGCGGUAAAACCGCAUCCGUCUAUGCCGUUGCAAAGGAGCUUGACUUCGAGGUCUUUGAGAUAAACCCCGGAAGUCGACGAAGUGCCCGAGAUAUGCUGGAGCGAGUCGGAGACAUGACGCAAAAUCAUCUUGUUCAUCUUCUCAACGAAUCCGAAUGUCCAACAGACAGCAUCAAAGAUGACGCCAAACAAAACAAGCUGAUGAGCUUCUUCAAAGCCCCGGCGACAAAAGCCAGGAAGCCGGUCUCUGCGUCUGGCGAACAAAGUCCCCACCCCGAACCGGCGCCCAAACGACCUAGAGAGCAAAAGCAGUCUCUGAUCCUACUCGAAGAAGCUGAUCUUCUUUUUGAAGAAGACCGUCAAUUUUGGACUGGCGUCUUGACCCUCAUCAGCCAGUCAAGGCGACCGAUCGUGAUCACAUGUAACGACGAAGGAUUGAUCCCUACCCAGGAAAUGUCUCUUCAUGCUAUGCUACGAUACCAAAAACCCGCGCCAGACUUCUGCGUGGAUUAUUUGCUUCUGGUUGCCGCGAAUGAAGGGCAUAUGCUGAAGAGGGAGGCCGUCACCCGACUUUAUCAAGGCGCCGGAAUGGAUCUUCGGAAGUCACUGAUGGAUCUGAACUUCUGGUGUCAGAUGGGUGUUGGCAGUGAAAAGGCAGGCCUAGACUGGCUGCUUCCUAGCUGGCCGCCCGGGUCAAACGUUGAUCAAGAUGGGAAUCGACUUCGGGUCUUGAGCCUUAACACCUAUGAGCGGUACAUGGGCUAUUUCAACCGUGAUAUGCUUCUCACUCGGGGUUCCUUGGACGCAGAGACAGAACUCAUCCGCAACAGCUUUCAAUCGUGGGGUCUUGGCUUGCAAGAGUCUGAAGCUAUGGCUGGGAAGAAUGAUAUGGAAUUACUCCCACCUGACCAAUUCCAACUUCUUCCCAGGACGAGCAAGCUGGAGAUGCUCUCCCUCCAAGCGGAUUAUUAUGAUAUGAGAAGCUCUCUCGACAUGCUUUGCCCUAACUUGUCCGUCGACAUGAACAAUGAUGCCAUUGAUAUCUCCGGACCACCGCUUCCAGAAAGCCAUAAGUUCAAUUACCUCGACAGCUACCCACUGCUGCACACCCCUCUGCAAGUCGAAUAUUCUUCCCUCAGUGAAGCGGUCGGCAGUACCUUUGAUGCCUUGAUCAACCGGACCUUCCGUCCCUCAAGCACGAAGGACCUUGAAAACUUGUACGCAAACCGCGCCUUGAGCAAAGCCAUCACCUCCGCAAGUCCUCCGCCAACCCCUCCAUCCACUCUACCUCAAUACCAGCGCAUUUUCGAACCCAUAAUGCGCGCAAACUACUCAAACCCCACACCAACUGCCCGCCACGCCCCCUCAUUCGAGAAUGGCCUCGCACCGAUCACCGAAGACCUAGCCCCGUACAUCCGUGCCAUCAUGGCCUUCGACGGACGUCUCCAGCAAUACCGUGAGCAGCUGUAUGCGCUCACAGCGCAGGAAAAUGGGCGCGGCGAGAAGCGAGCACGUACAACUCGCGCCAGUCGCGCGGCGCUUGAAGGAGGCAAUAAAGCCUUCACUCGUAAGGAGCGGUGGUUCGCUAACGAUACGCCCUACUACAAGGUGCAAAACACGGCCGGGCCUGAAUGGCAGAAUGUUUUGUUCCAGAUGGGGUACUUCCAUGUUCAGCCUACGGGUGAGACAUCCCCGGAGCCUAGUAGUGGCCAUGUUACCGAUGAGCAGGUUAUGGAAAAUGCUGAGUGA